GCGAAGAGGAAAGGGGGUAGGAGGAGAGAUGCUGCUAGCGCAGGGUGCGCGUGUCGUGAGUGAGCGGUACCAUGCUGCUACUGCUGCUGCUACUGCGGCUGCUGUGGCCGUGAUUAGGGACGAAGAGGGGGGAGCGGGGAUGCCGGGCCUGACAGCGCUGUGACUGCACCUGUACUCCGACGGCUCCUCAAACCGUGCGCUUUCACACAGGGCGAGGAGGAGGCGGGAGCAUGGCGGCUUCCCCGGCGUGGCGCCCGUCCCAUCCUCCUCCGCUGCUCCGCCUGCUGGGGCUGCUCUCGUGUGCCUCCACGUGGUGCGCCACCACCACCGCCACCGCUCCCCAGGGCUGCCCGAGCCGCUGCGUCUGCCAGAGCCUCUUUCCGUCGCUGGGCACGCUGUGCACCCGCCGGGGCCUCCUCUUCGUGCCGCCCGACGUGGACCGGCGCACCGUGGAGCUCCACCUCGCCGACAACUUCGUGUCGGAGGUGGGCACCCAGGACUUCUCCAACAUGACCGACCUCGUCGACCUGACGCUGUCGCGCAACCAGAUCUCGGCGGUGGCGCCCUACUCGUUCGGCGACCUGGCGCAGCUCAGCUCGCUGCACCUCGACGGCAACCGCCUGACGGCGCUGCUCGCCGACCACCUGCGGGGCCUCUACAGCCUGCGGCGGCUGCGCGUCAACAACAACCAGCUGGCGACGGUGGCCGACGCCGCGUUCCAGGACUUCGUGGAGACCCUCGAAGACCUCGACCUCUCCUACAACAACCUGGAGGGCGUGCCCUGGGCGGCCCUCCAGAGCAUGGUGAACCUGCACACGCUCAGCCUCGAGCACAACCUCAUCUCGUCCGUGUCCGCCGGCGCCUUCGACCAGAUGCCCAAGCUGUCGCGCCUCGACCUCACGUCGAACAAGCUGCGCGGCGUGCCGCCCGACCCCGCGUUCACGCACCCCGACACGGCGCUCGUGCUGGCGCUCGGGGGCAACCCGCUGCACUGCAACUGCGAGCUCCUCUGGCUGCGUCGGCGGCUGCUCGACGGCGACCUCGAGACUUGCGCCUCGCCCCGCCGGCUCCUCGGCCGCUACGUGCUGUCGGUGCCCGAGGGCGACUUCGCCUGCUCGCCGCCCGUCAUCACGCGCCACACGCUCAAGCAGUCGGUGCUCGAGGGCGAGGCGACGUCGUUGCGCUGCGACGCCAGCGGGGACCCGAGGCCCGACGUGGAGUGGGUGUCGCCCAGCGGGCGCCGCGUCGCCCGCGGACCGCACGCCUCCGUGUCGCCCGUCGACGGCGCGCUGCGCAUCGCCGUGACGGCGGCCGGCGACGACGGCACCUUCACCUGCGUGGCUACGAACGCGGCGGGCCACGCCACGGCCUACGUGGACCUCAAGGUCAUCAACCUCCCGCACGCCGGCGAGGGGAAGGGCCGCGCGUCGGGAGGAGGGAAGCCCGCCGGUUCCUCCGACAUCGCCACGUCGCCCGGCGGAGAUGCGGUGCAGGCUGUGGCGGUGAGCGACGUCAUGUCGGCGUCCGUGCUCGUGACGUGGACGCACGGUGAUGAGCUGCGCGGACUCAAGAUGUUCCAGAUCCAGUACAACUGCAGCACGGACGACUCGCUCGUGUACCGGAUGAUCCCGGCCACGAGCAAGCGCUUCCGCGUGUCGCAGCUGGUGGGUGGCUCGGACUACGACCUGUGCGUGCUGGCGCUGUGCGCACGCGCCGGCGCGCCCUCGGCCUCCACGCGGGCCCUGGGCUGCGUGCACUUCUCCACGCCGGCGCCCGUCCGCUCCGGCGCCGACGACGCCGACUGCUCGGGGGCGCUGACGGGGGCGCACGCGGGCGGCACCGUCGUGCUCGUCAUCGCGGCGCUCAUCGUCGCCUCGCUGCUCGCGUUCAUCGGCGUCUACGUGGCGCGCAACCGCGGCGCGCUGGGCCGGGCGGCGCGCGCCGACGGCUGCGGGCGGUGGUGCCCGUCCGCGCUGGAAGCGCGGGACAGCUGCUGCUGCUGCCGCCAUGAGCCGAGCGGCCGCUCGCGCGACGCGGCCAAGAACAACGGCGGGGUGGCGCGGUUCCCCAACGGGGGUGGCGGCGCCGCGCCGGCAUCGCCGACCGCCUCCUACGAUCGCCGGCCGCUCCGGCACGACCGCCGGCACCGGCACGCGGACGAGGCGCCGGCGUACGAGUCUGCCGACUUCUUCGGCGGCACCCGCACGUGCUCCGCGUCGAGCGUGAGCAGCCGCGGCUCGCUGGGGUCGAGCGACGGGAGGUCGUCGGUGACGCCCGACAGCGUCUCGCUGAGCGGCGCGGGGCAGGCCGGGAACGGGACGACAGCGGCGGCUGCGGCGGCGUCGCGCUCAGGCUCGAUCGCGACGGCCGGCGCGACCUGUGAUUGUGGCGUCCGCUCCGAGAUCGACCGCCUGCUCGCCAACGCCUUCUUCUCCCCGGCGUCGCCGCCGCCCCUCGGCGGCGCGCGCCCGGUGUCGGCGAGCGACGACGGCGACCGCAGCACAGUCGACUCGCGCCAGUCGAGCCUCGUGCCGGGCUCGGAGCGGGCGCCGCUGCUGGGCGCAGCGUCCUACUCCGCUGGCGCGGCCGCUUCGUCGACGCCGUCGGCGCCGUCCCUCGCCGGGCAGCGUCUGGCGCGGCUGCUCGGCCUGCAGUCGGCGGCGCCGCCGGCCGGCGCCGUCGCGGUGCUGCCGGCGGCGGGGGAGUUCCCGCGCGGACGCGCCAAGCGGAGCCAGUCGUUCGAGGCGCGCGGCCGGAAGCGCAAGAGCGACCCCGGCGACCUGACAGGCGGGGGCACGCUGCCACGCAACGCCGACGGGGCGAAGAUGGCGGCGCGCCGAUCGCUGUGCCUGAGUUCGGAGUGGGUCAUGGAGAGCACCGUGUGAGCGCGCCGCGUGUUCUGACUUCGCGAGGCGGCCGUGGUUUUCCAGGAGCAGAGGCCUCUCUCGCUCACUCCAGGGGGAGAGUUCAGACAGAGUGUCAUCCGCCAACUCGGAGGUUCCCGGAUUGGCCUCAUGAGCCACCUGCGUAGGCACGAACCCCGACCAUCAUCGUGGUCAAUGGAUGAUCAUCGUACUCGACCUCGACGGAUCCCAGAUGAUGAUGAUGACGACGACGACAACAAAACCGGGUCGUAACGUUGACAGAAUAACGCCUCGAAAUGCCACAGGAACAGAGAACUACUUGUGAACGCAUUGCCUCGAGUGGUGUAGUAUUACUAUUAUUAUUGCGCGACUGACACUAAAAAACUAUUCUUGAUGUCCCUGGGAGACUUCCAGAUUUCUCGGGAGAGCAGCUGCCUCAGAGAGAGGACCGAUAAACUUGGACAAAUUUGUAACCCCGGUGAAGACGUCGACCUGAGACGAGAUGCAUCCUGGUAGGCGGUAACUUUUUUUCCUGCGUGUGUUCAGUUUGUUGUCCUUUUGCCCGCACCACUGAUUGCCGCAGUCGAUUGGCCACAUACGGCGGCACACGUACAUACCAAGAGCUGUUGUACCUUUCGAGCGUGGACUCGCACCAGAAGGCCGCAUCGGUGGGUGCAGGUUCCAUUUUGCUACCAACUACUUCGGCAGUGUUCGGUAGAUAGCUCUCAGUUUUUUUAUUAUUUAUUCAGCAAGGUAGUAGGUUGAAGUGCAUUGCAGAUGUUUGUAUUAGUCCCUGUUCAAUAGGAAUGAAUCAGACUUUAAGUAAACGAACAGACGAGUAUUACUUGAGGAAUAAAAUAUUCAAACUUGACAACGUUUUGUAAAUAAACAUUGAAGGUAGAAAACGGAGGUUUGUAUAAAUGACUGAAUGUGAUGUGGGGGAUAGAAAUAUACAGGCUGGCCCAAAAGUUUGGAUGCAUAGGGUGAUUAUAUUUAUUUUAACAAUGCACAUUGGGGUAUUUAAUUUAUCUUAAUAAAUGGUUAAACUGACUUCCAGGAACAUUGAUGCAUGCCUGCAUUCUCUAUUGAAAUUAAUUCGGGACCUUUUCCAAGAUUACACCUGCAAGAUUUGAACAUUAUAUGUUAUAUCGUCAAUUAUUUUUCGUCUCAAUUCAGUCAAAUGUUAUUUUUCAUUUUUA